UGCUUUGGUUUGACAUUUAACUUGGGUUGACAUUUCAACUUGGUAUAGAAAAAUUUCGCUCAUCAAUUAAAUUAAAUGGGAGUAAAUAGACUAUAAAAAGUGCUAAGUUUAAAGAGAUGCAAAAUUUAUUACAAAUUUUGAGCAGAAUAGAAUGGAAACAGAUGAUUUGUCGCAUUUAACUGAAGACUAUAGGUUGGAACACACAGAUUUGGAUAACGAAAUGUCGAAUGAAAUGUUUCAACAUAACUUAUAUUUGGAUGACCAGGAGGUGGAUGAAAAUGAGCCAGACGAUGUUAUCAUUUUACAUAUGGACAUACGUGAGCCGCUACGGGCUUUGCAAAAACUGGCCGAAAAGAAAAUUGGCAUGAAUCUAAAGGGUUACAAAUUCUAUUUGCAAGACACGCAGGAGUUGGAACCGCAUAAAAAUCUUGUAGAUCAGUGCGUAAAAGGCGAAGGACUUGUACAAAUUAAUGUACAGAUACAAACGACAGAACAGCAUAUAAAUAUAGUGGAUGUUUUGAAACCAACAGAGGCGGCGUUGGCCGCUUUGGCUGCUGAAGAAACCAAAAAUUCUGAGAAGAAUGAAGAUUCCGAGAAGAAGCCAUGUCUCAACUGGGUUUUAGACAAUAAAUUCAAAAAAGAACAAACUCGGCUUAAGAUACCAGAAGAUCCUAACGAGUGGACAAUCGCUCAAGUGAAGCAUUGGUUUCAAUGGGCUAUACGACAGUUUGAGUUGAGCGGUGUCAGCAUGAGUGAUUGGCACAUGACUGGAAAAGAACUUUGCUCCUUAACGCAUGAAGAAUUUCGCCAAAAGCUGCCACGAGACCCAGGGAAUGUUUUCUGGACCCACUUACAGCUACUCAAGGAAUGUAAAUUCGUUUCAAUUGUACAUAAAAUAGUUGAGGAUCGUGGAAGUUCUGCCGGUGGCGCAAAGGUAACUUCCAAUCCUGCUGGUUCGUUGCCGACGCCAAUGAAAGAAAUGAAAAUAAUGCGCAAAACUAGCGUAAGCGCAACAAAGAGCUACUCGCCUUUACCUUUGGACGGUUCAUCUACAUUCACUGUACUCAGCAACAGCAACAGCGGUGGCAGUGGCAGUGGCAGUUCUGGCGGUAUCGGCAAUAGUUAUAGUGGCAUAGGUUCAGGUAAUAAUGGCCAAGUACAACUGUGGCAAUUUCUACUCGAAAUUCUCACCGACCGUGAGCAUAGGAACAUCAUACAAUGGGUUGGCAUCGAGGGUGAAUUUAAACUUAUCGACCCGGAGUGUGUGGCACGUCUAUGGGGUAUUAAAAAGAAUAAGCCCGCAAUGAAUUAUGAAAAGCUAUCACGAGCAUUGCGUUAUUACUAUGACGGCGAUAUGAUAUCAAAAGUAUCGGGCAAGCGCUUUGCCUAUAAGUUCGAUUGUGAUUUAAAGCUGUUGAUUGGUUAUGAUGCAGCAGAGCUAUCACAAUUAGUAAAUGAGAAAACUUUUCUGGAUGAGUCGAUGUAUUUCAAACAUGAAACAUUGCAAGAUGAAUUUAAACAACUAACAGACGAUGGGUGACAUGAUGGCGAAUGCGCCGAAUUCAGAGUGAAAACAGAACCAGUUUGCACGCUGGAAAUAGAGCCUUACCUCGUGUGCGAAGAGGAAGAUGAAGACGAAGAGGAAGAGAAUAAUUAAUUUAUGAAUUGCGUUUUGAUUUCUUAUUUAGUUUUUUACUGUGACAAAAUAUUUUAUUUACAUUAUUGGUAUUCCAUCUAUGGCGUUCAUAACAUACGAAAAAAUAUAAUUUCACCAUUUUAUUUAAAUUAUAAAAAAAAAUUAUUUGUUCUUGUUAUUGCUAUUAUUUGUUGGCGGUUUUUAUUUAUUUAUUUUUUUAAUAUUUUUGUUAAAAUUGUAUGCUUUAUUCACAUGCAACGCCAGCUUAAUAAACCUUAGGUUUAAGUUCGUUAUGUUUUUAUUGACUAGUCCAUUUUUUAAAGUUUCACAUUUCUUUUAACUUGCUUGUGAAAAUAAGGCAUCUCAUUUUUUACGAAUUCUAAAACUAACACUACUUAGAUUUACGAAUUAUGCUAGGAAUGUUUUGCUAGGCUCUCUAGCUUGUCUAAGCAAAUUUCUAGGCUACUUUGUUCGUUGCUUGGCGGCAACUGGGCGGCGUUUAUAAUAAUUUAUUUGUUCGUAGGUGCUUUUCUUAUUUUCCUUUAAAUAUUUUACUACUUUAUGACAAAAUUUUAAUGCAGUUUACGCAUCCAAAAGCAAUAGUUCCACUAGCAUGGAACAGCUAGAAGCGUAUAUAGACAUAUGCAGGCAUUUGUAAAUGCAUCUUUGUGACAUAAUAUUGCACACCGUCUUCAAAAUAGUCACAACUCAAAAUAAUACGUUUGCCAGAAUAUGCGAAAAGCUAUUUCUUAGCACAU